AUUAUUUGCAGCGGUAAAUCACCAUUGAACGGCCCUCCCAGAACCCUUGUUCGUGUACUCUGCCCUAUCAAUCAACAAUGAUCGCUGCCGGAAACCAAUUUCGAUAUCGUAUGCGUUUGGGAUAACUGGUCCGAAGCCCGUCGCAUAGAAGCUGUCGCCGCUGUCUUGUCUGGUAUAUUUGCCAAGAGGCUGGCUUCGAUGAUUUGGUACCUGCUGUAUCCCUUUCGAGGAACGACUGAACCGCCAGCCCUUGGUCCGAAGCAUCCUCUCCGAAUUGCAUUCACGCGAUACGGGAACCACGCAGCGCGCCAUCCUGUCGUCACUCUCUUGGUAUCAGUCGCCGCCGCCGUACUUCUGAUCUAUCCUUUCCCCUUCCUCUAUACGAAUAAUUUCACCAACGGCGCAUCGAAUCUGCCGCACCAUGUCUGGACAUCUGCGCAACCCUUCGACGGAGAUUACCAUACUCGGCCUGAUGUUGUGAUCCGGUCGAUUUGGGUACACGCAGGUAGUUAUAUGAAGGCUUUGGAACCGGACGUUCUACAAAAUGCAUUGGAAAUACAAGACUUUGUAUUGGGGCCGACCGCCUAUUUCGAUCCGCGAAGGCGCUCAAACGAAAUCGAUGUCGACGCGCUCUCUGACACCGACCUCACACCAGAUCUUCGGGAUACUCUACACGCGAUUAAUGGCUUGAGUAAUUCCUCUUGGUUCUUCCAUUCCCCUCUCCAGUACUGGUCAUGUUCGUCUCAGAAAAUUGCCGAUGACACGGAUAUAAUCACGACCGUCAAUCGAGGUUCUCACCAAUCUACCUCUGUCAAUGUUACCCUUCGGCCUUCAGUCGUUCUCGGUGGCAAACGAUUUGAAGAUCACCGACUCGUCGCUGCCGAUGCCCUGGUUAUCACGUUGGCGCACAUGCUAGACUCACCUGUCGGCAGACAAUGGGAGAGGAAAGUCCAAGAAAUUUCGAGGCGAGGUUCUGACAGAUGGCGUAUGUAUCCUGCCGAUAAUCGAACUCUUGCCAGUACCUUGCACGAAAUCCGGUUUCAGCCGCUCUCGAUCCAUGAUAAUAUAUCCCUGGGACUUGCAUAUGCUCUCACUACUUUCUAUUUCGCCGUCAGCUUGUCACAACUGCGAGCCCUAAAGUCAAAACUCGGUCUCCUCGUCGCCGUCGCUACUCAGAUCACAGGAUCCAUCAUGUCAAGCUUCACCAUCUGUGCCAUCUUCAAGAUUGAUCUGUCAAAGCUACCUAGAGAGGCGUACCCCCUUGUCAUUCUGACAAUCGGAUUGGAAAACAUUUUCCGCCUCGUUAACGCUGUCAUCACGACACCUUCGGAAAGUUCCGCGGCAGCAAGAAUGGCUGAGGGUUUGGGUCUGACUGGGCAUAUCGCACUUUUUGGCCUAGCCCAAAAUCUGUUCGUAUUAUGGGUGCUCUCGAGAAUCGUGUCUCCAGGAGUAGCCUCGUUCUGCAUUUUUGCUAUGAUUGCUUUGACUUUUGAUUUCUUUUACCUACUGACCUUCUUCGGUUCUGUUUUGAGUAUUGACUUGCGACGAACAGAACUGAGCGAUGCUCUUUCUCGGGCAUCCCUUCGUCAUCAGCGUUAUGCAUUUCCAGAUAUCAGGAAAAGAUCAAAUUGGACCAAGGCUCUGGUCCGUGGGUAUGCACCGGUCUCGACUCGAAUAGCUGGAACCAUUAUCAUGAUUUGUUUUAUAAUUGCCGCUCAAUGGCACUUCUCCGAGAGCAGCUUCUAUCAAACAACAUUAAGAUUCGUGCGACAUUUAAAACCAGGACAGCUGCUAUCCCGGCCGAGCUCUCCAACCUUUCUCUCCGGUGGUGUGAAUCAAGCAGAAACUCUCCCACAAUGGCUGCAGAUGCAGGAUCACGAGACGGCCCACGAGAUUAUUUCACUUAUCAAGCCCAAUUCCCAUAGCUAUAUCGCUCGCGUUUACGACCCCUUGGUUUUUGUUCUAAGCGGUUCCGACCGGACACCCACGAAAUUUGGUGUUCGACCAUUUUUGCCUGCUGCGUAUGAUUUCGCGAGGCACCAAUCAGCACAGUUCAUCAUUACUGUAGUCCUAAUUAUCGCGGCGGUAGCGUUGCUAAUGAAUUAUCUGCUAUGGGACGAAAUGCCCGGAGGAGAAGCCAAUGAUCGGCCUGAGGACAAACCGCUACUUUCAGUCAAGACCCUGAGUCAUGGCCACGCUCUCGAUGUCGUCCUCUUGACGGCAUCAAAUGAAGGCGUUGUUGUAUCGGUUGGUUUGGAUCGACGGAUCAGAGUCUGGAAUGUUCGAAGUGGAAAGAGUUAUGUCAUUCAAGACCCCGAGUCAGAUUUUGACCCCUUUCCAGUCCUGGCCAUGGCUAUCGAUAACGAUUCAAAUUGGCUCGCACUUCUCUCAUCCAGAGACCUCGUCGCACUGUGGAAUAUUCCGGAGAGGCGAUGGGGUCCAAAAAUGCAAGUUGAAGUGAAGGGCCGUACUCCUGCUGCCUUUAUCUUCGGCUCCUCACGAUCAGAGCUCAUCGACCCCGUCAUCCUAGUUCGACACAACGGCCUAAUGUCGGAACUGCAUAUAGAAAGCAACCGGCAGACCACCCUCCAAAUCUGCAAAACGCCCCUAGUUUGCGUCCGUAUACACGCGGAAAAGGCGCCUUCACACAACGCCCCACGCCCACCACUUCGUGUCAUUACAUCCUCCCGACGCGGAUGUGUACAUGUUGCUUACAAAGCUGACCCCAAUUGGAUUUCCGAAGAGGUCCCCUGUUCGAACGACGCCGCCCCAUCUGAUGAAAUAUCAUCGAUUCUGCCUCUCCCAGCUCUAUCCUGCUUCCUCGCGGUGCGAACGCACAUGGUAGAAUUGAUCGACAUCACUAGCCUUAGAGUCAUUUGCACAUUUGCAACAAAAUCCAUGAAACAGGACACCUUACGCUGUUUCCACUCUAUGCGUCAAAGGCCACGAUGCGGUUCUCUAGAUCUAGAUUACUUAGCAUUCGCAUAUACGACUACGGAAGAGGGUGACUGUGUCCUUCAAUCCUACUUGCCGAAGAGGGAAGGAGAUGUUAUUCAUUUUCCUGAUCCGCGGACCAUCGGGAGUAAGACUUCUCUCCAGACACAAAUGGUGAAGGAGUCUGUUCACGUUAUUGAACAGCCUGGGACGUGGGACGUACUGCCAGUCGGCUACGUAGUUGGAGUGCGUAAAGUUGAUUGCAACCCAAGCAAUAAGGAGAUCAAUACUCGACGGCCUGCAACCUGGGGGUUGAGACGACGAGGCGCUUUCGCUCGUCGACACACCCAGGGUCUGAAACCCGGGGAAGAUACAGACGAUCUCUGGGAGGUAUGGUCCCUCUCCCUCCGCGGAGACAACUGUGCAAUCCGACUCUCCCGGGAUACGGAAACGUCAUCCGAGCUCUUGGUGAGUAGUCUGGGACCUAUGGAAAAGUUUGGCCAGAGAUCCCUGGCGGUUGGGUUAGGCAACGUGGUAAAGAUAGUGACGGUGGGCACUGAGCGAUACGAUAAUGAUAAUAUGGGGGAUCAGAGUACGGCGUGUGGGCGCAUGACUGGCGGGAGGAAGAAAAGGUCCGGAGUUGGGCGGAAGAAGAGCUGUUGAAAAAACAAACCAUUGGACCCAAUUGUAUAUGAAUGGUAGAGGUCCACUCAGGAGUAUUUAAAUGGUGGCGUGGCGGCUUUGUGAUGGAUGAAAUACCAUGGAUCAUUGAUUGAUUGGCGGCGGCCUGGCCUGGCCUGGCCUGGCCUGGCAUUCUGUCCUGUAUAUUGGAGGUAGGUACGGGACGUCGGGAGGAUAAAUAAAUGGCGUUUGGAUGAUGGGGGUUAGGAAGCACGAAAACCCUUCUUAGAUGCAGAGACCAAAUGCGAUAUGAGAAAUAUGAAAUGUACUAUUCCACUCAAGCUACAGUUGCUAUUCGCAAAUCACCGCCACAACGACGUGUUUUCCCGAAGGGAUAAAAUCAUAAAGAAAUCUUUUGUCAUGUCUCUUCAACAUUAUGAUAUUAUUAGCCAUCAUUACCAGUCCUCACUACCAUCCUGUAACAAAGCAAAACAAAGC